AUGAGCACCAUCACCCUUUCCAUUGUUGUCUUUCUCAUCUGCAUGGAUAUCGGCGGUGCUCCCUUCGGAGUGGAGGCAGCAGUGGGGGCAGUCGGCCCCCUCUUUGCCCUUCUUAGCACUCUCAUCUUCCCUUUCAUUGUUGGCGUCCCCUACACCCACAUAACUGCGGAGCUCUCUUCCAUUGCCCCCACAUUACGAAGCCCCUUCUGGGGCUUAUUCAUCUGUUCCGUCAAAUACUUCAGCGGCAUCGUCGACCUCGCUAUUAGUGCCGUCCUCUGCCUUAAGUACCUUGAAAACGCCUCUUCCUAUUUCACCGGCCGCUACCCCCGCGCUCUCUUCCUCCUCCUCUCAACCCUCUCCCUCUCCUUCCUUAACUACAUCGGUCUCCUUCGCCGAGGCCGUUACACCUCCGCAUGCUUCUUCCUCCUCCCCCUCUUCCUCUCCCUUCCCAUGUCCCUCAUAGCCAUCUCCCGAAUCAGUAUCCACAGAUGCUUUAGCACUGGGCAGGAAGGAGUGCCCAAAAACUGGAAUCUCCUCUUAAUCACUUUUCUCUGGAAGCUCAAAUUCUGGGAAUUUGACAGAGAAGUACUAACGGGCAACGUUCAAGAGAAAUCUUUGCUCUUCAAAGCACACUUCAUCUCCGUGACUCUCACAUGUUUUACUCUUGUAGUCCCUAUUGCAGCAAUAGCCGGUGCCCUUUCCGUUAACCAAGACGAGUGGAAAAAUGGGUUCUUCGUCAUCGCCGCUGAAAUGAUAGGCAGAAGAUGGUUACGAGUCUUGAUCCAAAUUGCAGCCGCCUUGUCAACUGUUAAAGAAUUUGAGGACGGGAUGACCAACUGCUCUUACCAGCUCAUGGGCAUGGUAAAAAAGGGGUAUUUGCCCCAUUUCAUUGGGUCCCAAUCUAAACGAUUUCAUACUUCAUGGGUAGCGAUUUUGGUAUCCACCGGAUUGGCCACCAUUCUAUUUGCGGACCUCAAGUUCCUGGCAGCAUGGCUCGGAUUCUUUAGAAGUUUCACAGUACUUUUGGAGUUAACGUUAUUCCUAUGCUUGAGAUGGGAGUGGCCAGAGCAGAAUGGGACGUUUCCGGCGCGCAUGAGGAUGCCAGGACUGGUGGUGAUGUGUCUGGUUGUGUCUAUGCCUUAUGUGUUCACGUUGGCACUCACAAGAUCCCUUGUUUUUCCGAUCAUGGCAUGCGUAACGUUUGCGGUCAUUGCACUAUUGUACCUUCUGAUGCAACAGUGUAAGAAGAAGAGGUGGUUGAGGUUCACUAAUUCCGAAGAACAUGCUAAUGGAGAAGAAAGGAGUGGUGCUGCUUCUGAUGUGCCAGCUAAUUCUAUCCAUGGUGGUCAUCAUGGCCAUGGCGAUGGCAACAAAACUGGUGAUUUUUCUUCUGAGCGGCUUCAUAGCGAUAAAAGCGAUGGAACCAUUGGUUUCACGGAGAGCGAUAGCGGUGCCCUUGACUUAGGCACGACCCUCCCCUGA